AUGAUGAACUGGAUCUAUGGCGCCCCUUCUCUGACCCUUACCAUCUCGCACACUCUCAACAUCAUGUUACAGAAAUCCAAGAUAGAAUCCGAUUCGGCGCAAAUUGAUCCCAUACAUCCAGCUCAUGGCAUAGUCGGAAUGAUUGUUGAGACUGAUGCUGUCUUCGGAAAUGUCACGGAAGACGGGCCUAAUUACCGUAAUGUUGGCUGGAUAGGCACAACUGCCUUGAUGAUGAAAACCCAGAUUGGACUUGGGGUUCUUUCUAUGCCCCUCGUCUUUGGUACCUUGGGUCUUAUUCCGGGGAAUAUUCUCCUGUUGACUAUCGCCGGUAUUACGACUUGGUCAAAUUAUAUGAUCGGAGUCUUCAAGCUCCGUCAUCCCGAAGUAUAUGGCAUUGACGAUGUGGGACGGAUGUUCUUUGGCCAAAUCGGCUGCGAGCUCUUCGGUGCUGCAUAUGCACUCUUCUAUACUGUAGCCGCUGGAUCGGCCAUGCUGAGUAUCUCGACGGCCCUCAACGCACUUUCCUCUCAUGCUGUCUGUACUGCGGCUUUUGUGGCUGUUGCAGCUGUGAUUGGGACCGUCCUUCAGCAGCACCUUCAACUGGUAUAUGGAAGUCCGACUAUAAGAUUGUCAAUAAUCCAAGUUUCACCGACGCCGUCUCAGCAAUUUCUACACUUGUCUUUACCUAUGCUGCUCUUGGGUCCGCUGGCGUGA